UAACUUUGUAGAACUUUGAAUGAUUGAUUGAGAAAGGAAGCAAUCUUGCAGAUGCAAUAAACACCGACUUUAAUAACAUUUCUUAUGCCUCUCAUUCUGCAUGAGGAUAAUAAAGAGGCCGCGAUUCCGCAACUGCGAUUUACGUCUCCGAUGCAGCAAACAAAAAAAAACAAAUAAAGAACUAACGCAAUUUUUUUCGUUACAGAUACACGGAGAACGUUACCCAAUACCACCUGAAGAACGUCACGCACAGGACGUACAUCUGGUGCUUGCAAGUACCACCCAGAUGCACCCAGUACCGCAUCGAAGUGCAAAGAGUCCCGGAGAUUGCGGAGGUGGAGAAGACCCGAUCGGUGAGCAUCUGCUGCGACGGUUACGAAUUGGAUCCUGCUGGAGACAGGUGUCGUCUUCCUUGUAAAUGCGUGAACGGCGUUUGCGAUGAA